UUGAGGCGCCUAGGGUUUGCCUUUCUUUUCUCCUUUUCGUCGUUGCUGUUCGGCUUCUUUGCUUCGCAGGUGUAGAGAUUGCGCGCGUCGCUACUUCGGCUCCUUCGUGGCUGUUCGACUGCGCUCCUUCGACGACUUACUCUUCCUGUCGGGAUCGGAAGUUACGACAUUUUGAUCGGAAUCAACAACGGGAGCUUGCUGUCUGUGAAGGUUCUACCUUUCGCGCGCUUCUUCGGCGACUGUUGAGCUUCGGCGACACGGGCGCCGCGGUUCCUUGGUGCCAGUGUUUCUGUUGCGAUUUGACCCAAAGAUUGGAUGCCCCAAAUGCUUGGACAUUAUAGAAAUGAGUUUCAUCAAAGAAUUGAGGAUGAGUAUGAGGAGGAUGAAUAUGAUGACUAUGAAGAUGAGGGUUUGGAGGGUGAGAAAGAAGACGAACAAAAACAAGAGGAAGAACGAAAACCGAGCAAGGAGGAGCUUGAGUUCCUCAAGCUAAGGGAGAAGCGUAAGGAGAUAUAUAGGCAAAAGUUGAAGAAACAAAGUGCCAAAGAUUUUGGUCAUUCCAUUCAAACCCAAGAUGGUCAAAGGACAUCAACAAAUACCAAAUUUGGUUCCUUCUUUGGACCUUCUCAACCAGUCAUUGCUUCUCGAGUUCUUGAUGAAAGCCGCUCAAUAAGAGAAACCCAACAUAUUAUUUCCAAGCCUUCAAGUUCUUCCGGGAAUCAGAGAGUUUCCGCCUUUGCAUCCUCAGAGAGAAAGUUAUCUGAACAUCACCAGCCCCUGAAAAUUAAUGAGGUCAAGAGGAAAGCACAAACUCUAAAAGACAUGCGUGAUUAUUCAUUCCUUCUAUCCGAUGAUGCCGAUUUGCCUGACAACAAGGAACUGCAGCCUGCAUCACGCCAUGUUUCUGCUCCAAAGCCUGAUGCUCGGUCAGCUCAGGCAGCAUUAAAGAGCAAGAUCCCUAUAAGCGGAUCAUUGAAAUCUACUUCCAAUGGCCAUGGCAUUAAAAAUGCCUUACAGACAGCUAGGCCGAUGCAGACCAAGCUGCCAAUGAAAGGAACUCAUCUGAGCAGACCACUUCCAUCUUCAUCCGAACCUAAAAAAAUUCCUGGUGGUAAAGUUAGUGGAAUUGGUCAAAGCAGGUCUGUAGUGCCUAAACCUUUAGCUGUGACAUCCAAGGUUUCUGUGCAGUCAAAGGUUCCUGUUGAGGUUAUGGGUGCAAACAAACCUAGUUCUAAAUCUAUGAAUGGUUUGACCUUGAAAAAUAAUAUUUCGACGACAAAGCCUCAUUCUUCCACACAAAAUUACUACACUGAGCAAAAGAGAGCAAGUCAAGCGGCAGAUAGAGUUAAAGCAGCACCUAAACCGGCACCACCUUCCUCAACAUCUCAGCCGCCCAAACCAAUUUCAUCACGAAAUAUUCGUGACGAGUCUCUAAAAAAGAAGCCUGUUAGAAGAAGAUCAGAUGAAGAUGAUGAUGCUGAUGCUAUCCAAAUGAUCAGAAAUAUGUUCCGGUAUAAUCCUAGCAAAUAUGCAGAUGCGGAUGAUGAUGACAGUGACAUGGAAGCUGAUUUUAGUCAAAUUGAAAGGGAGGAAAGGAGGAGUUCUCAGAUUGCUAGGAAAGAAGAUGAGGAGCAGCUUCGUCUGAUCGAGGAGGAUGAAAGGCGAGAGAGGAUGCGAAAGAAGCACAAAUCAAAUAUGAGGUGAUGAAGGCACUGCAGUUCUGUUCCUUUGCCUGCCCGUUCGUCGCGAAAGAAUGGAAAUGUCUUGCAAUCAUCCACCGUUUACUGGACGAUGAAUAAUUCUUCUUCCAAAAGACCGAGGUUGGAAGAUCAAAUUGAUUCUGAAUUAACAAAUAACGCUGUUAUUGUAGAAAGGCAUGUCAACUCAGCAGUUUGAGCACGGUUCAGUGGCUCAAGCUCGAGCAAUGUAUAUUUUCCCAAAUUUAUUAUAUUUGUGGAUGAGUUAGAAAUUCACACAGUUGGAGAAGUGAAUCUCUCUCUCUUUCUCUCAUCAUUUGAACUAAAAGUUCAGCUCUUGUUUUAGUCUGUAUCGGUUGGUGGUUAAGAGAUGGCUUCAAUUUGUUGAAUAGAUGUGUAGAUUUUUGGUUGAAGAUUGUAUGUCUUGAGUAACGCCCAAAGUUCCUUUGGCAUUCUUCUUCACCUGGAUUUGAUCAGUGAGAAUCCUGGAACUUAAUGAAAUCUUGGUGCUGCCCCUUGCCAGAUACUUGCCAUCCUUCUACUUAAAUAUUUGAAUUGUUUAAACUGCAUGUAAAUUUAUUGCUCUGUUGUUCUUGCUCUGUAUGUUUCAUUAUAAUCAAUUUGAUUUAUUGGUUGAGA